AUGGCGGCGGCGCCGUCGGGCCGGCCCGGCUCUUCGCCGUCGUCUCCGACCGUGAUAGACAUGCACGGCGCUCAACCGCACGAUGUGGUCGUGUCGGAGUACUUCGCGGGACUGGGGCCCAUGACCAGAUGGUCUAAAGACGCCGUCGAAAGGCACGAACAAGGAUUCCGCGUCGGCCAGUUCGUCGACAAGGACGAUACAGCGAAGAAGGCGCUGGAGCGCGCGUUCCGGUGUCCUCACAUCAUCGGGGACAUCGCCGGGCUGGCCAAGCUAACGCCCUGCCGACUGGCGCUCGUGGGGUUCCCGUGCAAGGGGACGUCGACGCGGGGUAAAGUCAGGGGUGCGACGAACGCGAUCGAUAACGACCAGACGCGUAUGAUCCAGCACUUUUUCAGGGCGCUCAAGGACACUGACAACAAACCCCAGGUGAUGCUCCUAGAGAACGUCCGGGGGCUGCUCUCCGCGCGGCACAAAGGGGAGAAGGGCGAGUUUUUGCGAUGGAUCAUCCACAACCUGAAAGACUUGGGUUACGCGGGAGAGUGGAAACUGUUCGACAGCGGUGUGGACGCGAUGAGCGGCGACCGCGUGUUCAUUUUGUGUCGGCAGGAAGCCGUGACCAGCGUUCGCGGGACCCUCUUGAAUCUCGGGGAGGAGUAUCGCGGUGCCAAGCCCGAGAACGGAUACGGCUUCAGCAUGAGGAAGGUCGGUGACGCGCCCGUGAUAGGUCGCCUCGCAUGCCAGACAGAAGGCACCGGGCCACCUUGUUUCGUCUUUCGUGAUGACGACGGCGAGUACAAGUGCGUCGAGUUUACUGUGGAGGCCGUCGCCGACUUGUUCACGUUCACUCGCGAGGAGCUUGGUUUGGACGACGCGACGGACCCGAAGGCCCUGAAGAUGUUGGCGAAUGCCUGCCGACCGGUGGGCCAUGCGGUAAUCAACAAGUUGGUUGACAAUCUGCUCGAGGCAACGCCCGUCGAGGCUUUGCCUAAUGGGGCGGUGGAGGUUCAACACUGGGCGGAACGCUCCCUUCCCAACGCGGGGUACUGGUCCAUGCGUAGCGACAAGAUCUUCGGGUACGAGGGCACGCCAAGGGCAAUCGUCCGCUACGACGAACAAAGUAAGCGCACGGCAGCGGAUGUUGCAUCAGAGUGUUUGCGGACGGGGCACGCGAUCACCUGGAAGCAAUCCGACAUCAUCGAGUACAUCGAGAAAGCCGCGGUACACGAGGCGAGGAGGCGACAGUCCAGCCUCUCGCAUCACCUCGCCGCGCUUUGUCUCGCCGCCUUUCCUGGAUGUUCGAUUUUGAAGUUCUGUCUUCCUGUCGCAAUAGAGGUCGACGGUCAUGUGGGAUUGGUCGGAUUUCUCCGCCUAUCCGACCGUGGUGAGACGAAGGGAAUGCCACACAUGUUCUGGCUGCCCAGGCUUGGGUAUCCUCGACCAGCGUUUGUGUGCUUUCACCAGUGGAAGAAGCAGAAGGGUACCGCGUUUGGACUUCUAGACCACAGAGUUGACUUUAACGUCCUGAAGGGCCAGCUUGACGAACACAUGACGGUGGCGACGGACGACCUCCGCGCGUUCAUUGACCUGGAUGGAACGCCGUCAACGCCGUCGGAUGAUAUCGAUGACUCAGACUCGGACUGCAGUUGGGAGGUUCCCGAGUCGAUCGACGUCGACGAGCAGAUGUGCGAGGGUUGUGGGGGCGGCGGUGAAACAAGGCCGGGGAUGACCGAUGCGGAGACCGUGCUCUGCGACGGGGAUGGGUGCGAACGCGCGUGGCACAUUGCGUGCCUGCGGCCGCCGCUGACGACGGUACCAGAGGGCGACUGGGUGUGUCCCAUUUGCGUGGAGGAGGCACCCGGAGAGGCGCGUGGAGGUGGCGAGGACGUCGCCAACGAAAUUUUUUGA